AUGCCACCCAAGAAGAGAAAGGCUUCGGCCAACGUCGCUGGCGCAGCAAAGAGCGGAAGAGCCUCGGCCGCCUCGACACCCGGUCCCGCGACGCCUCGAGACAUCGAUAGCUCCGAUGAUCCAGGCUCGCCGGACGAACCUGCCGAAGAUGAGGAGCAAAUCCAGAAGGCUGUCGACCGCUUCUCGCUCGCAGCUUACCAGGACAAGUCGAAACGAGGUCCCAUCGAUGCCGCCUCGCGAUAUUUCGGUGAUAAUGGGAAGCGUGACUUCUCCUACCUGCCUCUGAAACCUGACUCCAAGAGCCGACCGAUCUGGAUCGAUCCGCAACGAGGCCGAAUAAUCCUCGAGAACUUUAGUGCUUUGGCGGAGCAAGCCAAAGAUUUCCUCAUCACCGUCGCUGAACCUCUGUCGCGCCCGACAUUUCUCCACGAAUAUUCCUUGACGCCCCAUAGUCUCUACGCAGCCGUCUCGGUUGGGCUGCAACCCCAAGAUAUCGUGAAUACACUUGACCGAUUUUCCAAGACGCCCCUUCCCGAGUCGAUCGUGAGCUUCAUUCGAAGCUGUGCUUCUAGUUAUGGAAAGGUCAAACUUGUCAUCAAGGAUACGAAAUACUUCGUCGAAAGCAACGACGCUGAAGUUCUGCAGAAGCUUCUCAAAGAUCCAGUAAUCGGGCCGUGUCGGGUACAGGGCACAGACACAGUAACAAGUGCUCCUUCAAUGGGCGGACUUGUCAUCCCAGGAACAUCGAACGCUGCAGGAGUACAGCAGGCUCAGCUUCGGCAAGGACAGCAAAGCGAGAACGCGCAACCAGAAGCAGAUGAAAAGCCGCAACCGGAGAACCCCUUUGACGCCUUGCGAGAAGACGAUGACGAUGAUAAUCAAGAAGCAGUGCAUGCUUUCGAAAUAUUAGACACCAGUGUCGAAAUCGUUCAAAAGCGGUGUCUGGAUAUCCAGUACCCCAUGCUCGAGGAAUAUGAUUUCCGUAAUGAUGACCGCAAUGCCAAUCUUGAGAUUGACCUCCGACCAGCAACACAGAUCAGGAGCUACCAAGAGAAAAGUCUCAGCAAGAUGUUUGGUAACGGACGAGCCAAGAGUGGUAUUAUCGUGCUGCCAUGCGGUGCAGGUAAGACGUUAGUUGGUAUUACUGCUGCAUGCACCAUCAAGAAGGGUACCAUAGUGCUUUGCACUAGCACCAUGUCGGCGCAUCAAUGGCGUCAGGAGUUUCUGAAAUGGUCUAAUAUCGGGCCUCAAGAUAUCGCUGUCUUCACCGCAGACAGCAAGCAGAAAUUUCCAGGGAACACUGGGAUUAUCGUCACCACAUAUCCCAUGGUUACUCAGUCUGGCAAGAGAGCGUACGACUCGCAGAAGAUGAUGGACUUCUUGACGGGGCGCGAAUGGGGCUUGAUGCUGCUCGAUGAGGUUCACGUAGUCCCUGCCAAUAUCUUCCGAAAAGUAUCACAUUCCAUCAAGAGUCACGCCAAACUGGGGCUGACGGCAACGCUGCUCCGAGAAGACGACAAGAUCCAAGAUCUGAACUUCCUCAUCGGGCCGAAGCUUUACGAAGCGAACUGGAUGGAGCUUUCAGAACAGGGCCACAUCGCCAAAGUGCAAUGUGCUGAGGUUUGGUGUCCGAUGACAACCGAGUUCUACGAUGAAUAUCUACGGACCAAAGAUCGCGGUCUCAAACAGAACCUCUACGUCAUGAACCCAGCGAAGAUCCAGGCCUGCCAAUUUCUCAUCGACUACCAUGAAAACCGUGGGGACAAGAUCAUCGUCUUCUCAGACAACGUCUACGCUUUGAUACAUGUCGCAAAGGCCUUGGGGCGCUUGUUCAUCUGCGGUUCUACACCUAAUUCCGAGCGCAUGGAUGUUCUGGACAAUUUUAUGCACAACCCGCUUGUCAAGACGGUUUUCCUCUCGAAGAUUGGAGACACGUCCCUUGACCUCCCCGAAGCUACUUGCCUGAUCCAAAUUUCCUCUCACUACGGGUCACGGCGUCAGGAGGCACAACGUCUGGGGCGUAUCCUUCGAGCUAAACGUCGGUCAGACGAGGGAUUUAACGCGUUCUUUUAUUCUCUGGUAUCCAAGGACACGGCUGAGAUGUACUACUCUACGAAACGACAGGCCUUCCUUGUGGAUCAGGGCUACUCGUUCAAGGUCAUUACCCAGCUUGCAGGUAUGGAUAAGAUGGAAAAUUUGACCUUCAAGACGCCCAAAGACCGUCGGGAACUCUUGCAGAAGGUUAUUGUGGACACGGAGGCAAAACGACCACUCGAAGACGGUGAUCCUACAGACGACCUCUUCUACACAGCAGGGGGAAGGAGGAAGAAGAGGGGUGUCAGGCGGACGGCCGGUACGUUGGGAGAGCUGAGCGGUGGGCAGGACAUGGCCUACAUCGAGCAGCGGAAGGGAGCCAACAAGGCGCUCAAGAAGAAACCAGGGAAGAGUGCCUUCUUCAAGAAGAUAGGCCGGGAGAAGCAGAGAAUGAAGGACCUAGCGACCCAGGAGGAAUGA